UUGUGUUUUCUAAACUCGGUUUAGUUCCGCAGCUCUGUAGGCCGAGGCCAGUAUAUUCUCCACUACUUCAAAGGGGGUUCUGAUACUUCGAAAUGCUAUCGAAAGUGCUGCUGGUAUUUGGAUUUCUGCUGAUGAGCUGGCAGUGGGCGCUGACCAUGCCCAGUCGCAGCAGCGGGCACGCUACAGCCCCGCCAGCAGCAGCCCAAAACUUCUCGGACUUUAUGGUGCAGAGCAUCUUUGACCUGCCGCCCAACUGCAAGCCGGGCGAGGUGGCCACCGGUCCACAUCAGAGAUGUCGCCACCAGGCCUGAGUGGAAGUGAAAGUGUCCAAACUUUGGGUUGACUAAUCCAAAAUGAGUCUUCCACCGCAGCUGCGGAAUGGAGACGUGCUCCAAACUCUGUUUUCUAGCUGCUUCU